GUGAGCUGCCGCUACUGGAGGAGGAGAUGCCAGAGAGAUGCGGGACUCUGCGGGGCUCAAACAGCCACAAGUCUGCAGCGCUUCGGGUUUUCAUCCGCGUCAAGUCUUAGAGAAGAGGUGGAGCCUUAGCCGAGCAGUCCAGUUUGAACAUGGCAGCUGAGACAGUGGGAGCUGCCUUUGACGUGAUGCCCCCUCUGCUCCAUGCAGAGACCAUAGCUCUUGGAGGACCAGGUUCUGGUUCUGGUUCUGGUUCUGAAUCCUACUCUUUCUCUGAGAAAUCUGUUUCCAACCUCAAAAUGCAGACGUACGAGCCCCGCUCCUUCGGACUGGAGUUUCACGAGAGCCUUGCCAGUCCAGAGGACAGUGCUGCAACAGGUUUUGACGAGAGUAACAACGACGGUGUGCGUCGCAAGCGUGAGUUCACCCCCAGUGAGAGGAAAGACGAAAACUACUGGGACAAGAGAAGGAAAAACAACGAGGCGGCCAAGAAGUCCAGGGAGAAGAGGCGGGCGAACGACAUGGUGCUGGAGCGCAGGGUCCUGGGUCUGCUGGAGGAGAACGCUCGCCUGAAGGCUGAGGUGUUGGCUCUCAAGUUUCACUUUGGGAUGGUCAAGGACCCGUCUGAUGUGUCCAUCUUGCCAUUGUCCACACCACCCAGUUUGACCCCCAGUAGCACCGAUGGCCUCUCAUACUACAACACCCACCAAACCCAGCCUGUGCAGCAGGGUUUCCGGACAGAAAUGUCUCCACAGACUGGCAGUAGAGACUCCAGCAUCCGUCCAGGUGUCCCACAGGCAGACAGCACUGGGUUUUAUGAUGACCCGCUGGACGAGUGGGUCAGGCCUCCACCAACACAGCAUCCACAGGUGUGUGAGGCAGCGAGCUGGAGAGCAGACUCAUCCGACGGACUGAGGAACCUCCCGCACAAGCUCCGGUUCAAAAGUCCACCCGAUGGGAGGAUGUCUUCAUCACGUGAUAGCAGACCUGCUGGCCCACUUGUAGCCAUGGUGGAGCCGAACAUCCAGGUAAAAACGGCCCAGCAGGUGGGAUGGACUGGUCAGGACGGGGUCCAGGCUCCUUAUAGGUGUGAGCAGCAGCAGCAGGUCCGGGACUCGUCCUGUGGACUCGGUGAUUCCUCGUUUCUUCAGAAGUCGAACAGGAAGUUCUCAGGAGGAGAUGUGAGUCUGAGGUCACACAUCAGCAGUUUGUCGCAGGAGGUGGCUCAGCUCAGGAGGCUCCUCUCCCAGCAGCUUCUCCAUAAAAUCCCUUAAAAAACCUCCAAAAAACUCAAACCCAAACGUUGACAGAGAUCUCCUCAACUCAGACAUUCAGCUUAUAACUAAUCUCCGCUAAAACGGCAAACUUUUUUAUAACCAAUCUUUAUUUCUAUGUAUGGAUAAACCUGACGGUGACUUUUAAAUUUGAUUGGGUUAACGUAUUAGUAAAAAGACUGUGGGGAACGGGGAGCGCUUUAAGAAAAUAAAAGAUGUAACAUUAAUUCUCACUGGUUUGUACCACAAUUUCAACCAUAUGGUUUGAUAUAUGGUGGACGGGAUUUUUUUCUUUUUAAUUAUGAAAUUACUCGUGCUAAAGUUGUAAUUAGUGUUCUCUUUCUUGAUUAAAAUGUUUUUUUCAGUGUUUUAUUCUGUCUGUUGUUCCACACUAUCACAUAACCUGUUAGGUUUGACCAGGCCAGCUGCAAAACUGACUUCCUCUUAAUCCGUUUAGAGCUAUAAUUGGUUGUAAAACAUUAAUAAUAAUAAAUCUGACCUGCUUUUAAUAAGAAGAAAGGACAAAAACAAUGUCUCGAUGGCAGGAGUUUGAAUGAAGAGAUCAGUGGGUGUGUAGAGUCACAGAUCAGGUUAUUUUCCAUUUUUCUGUCUUUGUUCUCCCUACUUGGUAGAGCAGAGCCAAGCAGCUUACAGGCAUCUGAGACUGUGUGACGGUCUAAAGUCUUUGUCAGAACCUGAACUGUUUUUGUCUUUCAUGUUGCUUUUAUAAAUCAAUCCUGAUUAAAAAUUUUGAAUUUUGACAGAAAACCCUGAGAUAAAAACCCCUAAUGGCAAAUUAAAAACUGAGCUCUGCUCCACAGACACUCCAUCCCCACAUGGACUUCUUGUGAUGAUGUGCAGUGAUUGGUGUCUGCUGUGUUUAGUGCUUUAGAGAAGGUUGUUUCCAUCCCCUGACUUAUACUUUUCAGCAACAUUUUCUCUGAUUUGCUUGGAGUGUUUUUUUGGGGGUUUUUUUUUGUCUGGCCAAGAAUACUGAUGAAUGAACCUUUCAGACACAGACUUCUUUAUACAACAGUCACUUAGGUAAUCUCCAUUUCUCCCUAUUUCACAGUAAGUUGAACGGAAAACUGGAACUUAGUACCAAUUGGCUGGACCUCUGUUGAAUUAGGUCAGCAACUUUAAAGUUUCCGAAUAUUUAUGCAACACCUUAUUGUAUGUAAUACAAUUUGUAUUUAAUUGUCAUUAUUUUGUAGAAAUCAGUUUUAACUUUGACACUGAAUUCUUCUCCUUUUUUGUGUGCCUCCAGAAAGCCAAAUUUUAUUAUUGAUUGAGAUUGAUUUGUAAAAGCAAUAAAGAGGAUAAAAUAGCUCCCCAGGAUGAAUAUUUUUAUAGCCACUGUAGUGUAAUUGGUGGAAUCAUGAAUCCUGAAGGAAAAGAUUUGGAAGAUCCAGUGUCGUCACGUGCAUUUCAAAAGUUGAAUUCAACAGGGACAUUUCGAAAGCAAUAAGAAAUUAUUGUUGGGGCGUUGUGUUUAAUAAAGCAGAUGUACUCCAAUUGCCUCAGUGGCUAACCGACCCACGCUUUAUAACAAAAAUCUUUGAACCGAUUCAAAAGAGCAGUACAUUAUUAACUAAGAGAAAGAAAAAGAUUAGCAGCAUCCUGAAAAAAAACAUGAUUGUAUUUGCCAAAAACUGAGCUACUUUGCUUUCACUACAAUACUAAAAAAAAAGAAAUCUAAUUUGAAAGAGCUGGGUGACAUUUAAGUUGAUGUAUUCUGGGAACUGGGUCAUUAAUUCUUGUCUUCUUUAGGCAGGGCAUCUAAAAUAAUUUGAAAUAUCAAUGAAAAGUUAAUUUAUUUCAGUCAUUUCAUUCAAAAACUAGACCGCACCCCACUCUCCAUGUCUUGUGACUCUCCCUCAAACUCUUCACUCUUCUUACCGUUUUUUAAAAGUUGCAAUACCUCCGUUAUUUCACGCAAGAAAGUGUUUUCCUUCUUAAGCAUGAAGCUUAAUGCUUUGCGUAAUUCACUAGCAAAGAAGACCACAGCACAGUGAUAUGAGUUAAAAUGUUUAGUGAACAAAAGACUUGAAGGGGAAGGAGGGACUGGGUUUGGAGAUGGGUCAUCUGGGGCAACUUGCUGAUGAAUGCUUAGGAGGAAAAGACUCAGCGUGAGGAAGAAGUCUUCAGAAAAGGACCUUUUCCUGAGCCAAUGCAGGACCAACCAGAUGGGACAUGAA